AUCUGAUCCAUCACUCAUCCCAAAAUCCAAAUGUCCAAACGGCUCGAGGCGGAAGCACCGCCGCCAUACUCUCCAACCGACGCCGCCGCGUCCUCGUACGCCGGCGCCGACAUUCUCCCGCCGCCUUACACUGAAGAAGAACCUGUCAACUUCAAGCCGAAACCCGGCAGCGGUGGCUCAUCAACUACCACUGGUGGCGCAGCGUCAUCAUCCAAAUCUGGUUCAACCGCGACGAGUUCGCUUGCGCAGACCGCUUCUGCCUCUGUCUUUACACCUGCGAUGCAAGUGAAGGCGGGCUCGCGGUGCUCGUCGUGCUUUGACGCCAUCAAGCCGGACAAGCAGCGCGGGAUGAGCGGCGACGCGUGCGCUCCUGCCCUCAAUCCGCACAAUCUGUACCACUACGAGUGCUACGUCAAGAAGGUGGCGCCAAAGUGCCAGCAGUGCUUGGAUCCGCUCACAGAGGACACUGAGAAGGGAUAUUCCGGGCGAUGGCUGCACUACCAGGACAAGUGCUACCAUUGGGAGUGCUACUGCGACUACGCCGGGCCGCGGUGCGACGACUGCUUCAAUGUGAUUGUCGAGAAGCGCGAAGCCGGGUUUUCAGGGCGGUACGUCGUGCAGGGAUACAAGAAGAUGCACGAGGAAUGCUGGCGGAAACGCGUUCAAGACCGACUCGAUCGCGAGCGAGAGUAGAAUUUUGCAGCAAAUUUUGAAACAUUCAACGCUUCAACCCAGACAGACAACUUCUUCAACACGCACAACUCUUCCACAUGUUUCAAUAGAGAUUUCAGGUAAUUCGAAAA